UGCUACGUCAUGUGUGAAGAAAGCUGUCGUUUUUAACUAGGAUACUUCAGGCAACAGUUAAGGAAGGAAUAGCGACUCUCGACGGUCUCCCUCUGAAUGCACUGGAUGAAAUUCGCCGUUAUUUUUUCAGAACAACUAGCUACUAUAAACAGGAGUUUCGUUUAUUGCACACCGUAGUUUUUAUCCCAUUGAGUGCUACUUACUACUUCAAUUUUUUCCCCAGACGAAUUCAAUCUCCCAAGAUAAUAAUUGAAAUACCUGUAGUGCAUAUCGGAUGAGACUUUCCUAGGUCAAGUUUCAUAAAACUGCAUGAGCACUUUGUGGAACCAUGGCAUGGAUAAAGAGUGGUGUUUUGAUCAAGCUCUUCAAAAGCUUCCUUAUUGCUGUUGUGUUGGCUCCAAGUUUGAGAUCCGCAGCAGAAGCAGAUCCUAGCUUAUCCCAGCCAGUGGAGUCUGAGGGGCUGGCAGAAGCUCAAAGUGGAGCAGCACCCUCAGCUGAAGGUUACUUCCUGGAGUUCCAGGAGCCGGUGAACAAUAUCACCAUCGUGCAGGGCCAGGCGGCCACGCUGCACUGCAAGGUGACGGGAAAUCCGCGGCCCACCAUCCGCUGGCUGAAGAAUGACGCGCCCGUGGUCCAGGAGCAAGGGCGCAUCUCCAUCCGCAAAACCGAUGCGGGCUCCAAGCUGCGCAUCACGGAUCUGGACACCACGGACACAGGCUACUACCAGUGCGUGGCCUCCAACCCGGUCAAGGUGAUCUCUGGCACUGGGGUGCUCUACGUGAAGCUGGGGCAGUCACCAACACACGAGCCAAAUGAAGCGACGCAUGAGAAGGGCUUCUGCCAGCCCUACCUGGGCAUCGCUUGUGCCCGCUUCAUCGGCAACCGCAGCAUCUACGUGGAAUCUCUGCAGAUGCAGGGAGAGAGUGAGAACCGCAUCACAGCUGCGUUCACCAUGAUCGGCACUUCCACCCAGCUCUCGGACCAGUGCUCCAAGUUCGCCAUCCCCUCCUUCUGUCACUACGUGUUCCCGCUGUGCGACGAGGGGGCUCGGGGCCCGCGGCGCCGCCAGCUGUGCCGUGAUGAGUGCGAGGCACUAGAGAACGAGUUGUGCUACACCGAGUACACCAUCGCCCGCUCCAACCCUCUCAUCCUCAUGCAGCUGGAACUGCCCAGCUGCCACCUGCUGCCCCACCCAAGCUCGCCCGACGCUGCCAACUGCAUGAGGAUCGGGGUGCCCCUGGACAAGCUGGGCACAUAUUCGCCAACAGAUCACAGCUGCUACAAUGGCAGUGGAGCCAACUACAAGGGCACGGUGAGCGUCUCCAAGUCGGGCUACCCCUGCCAGUCGUGGAGUGCCCAGUACCCCCACAGCCACCACCUGUCCCCCGUGGAGUAUCCUGAGCUGAGAGGGGGCCACAACUUCUGCCGUAACCCCGGGGGCCAGAUGGAGGGUCCCUGGUGCUUCACCCUUGACCAGCAGGUCAGAGUGGACCUGUGCGACGUCCGUCCCUGCACACCGCCAGAGAACCUGAAGAAGGAGAUCCUGUACAUCUUGAUCCCCAGCAUCGCCAUCCCACUGGUCAUCGCCUGCCUUUUCUUCCUGGUCUGCAUGUGCCGCAACAAGCAGAAGGAGCCCACUGACACUCCCCCUCGCCGUCAGCUCACUGCCUCGCCCAGCCAGGACAUGGAGCUGCCACUGCUCAACCAGCACAAGCACCAGGCAAAGCUGCGGGAGAUCAACCUCUCAGCGGUGCGCUUCAUGGAGGAGCUGGGCGAGGACCGCUUCGGCAAAGUCUACAAGGGCCACCUAUACGGCACGGCGCCCGGCGAGCAGACCCAGGUGGUGGCCAUCAAGACAGUCAAGGACAAGGACGAGGGCACUCUCCGCGAGGAGUUCCGCCACGAGGCCAUGUUGCGCUCGCGCCUCCAGCACCCCAACAUCGUGUGCCUGCUGGGCGUGGUGACCAAAGAGCAACCCAUCAGCAUGAUCUUCAGCUACUCGGGCCUGGGCGAUCUACACGAGUUUCUGGUCAUGCGCUCGCCACACUCAGAUGUGGGCAGCUCGGAUGACGACAAGACGGUGAAGUCCACGCUGGAGCAGGCCGACUUCCUGCACGUGGUGACACAGGUGGCCGCCGGCAUGGAGUAUCUGUCCAGCCACCACGUGGUACACAAGGAUCUGGCUACCCGCAACAUCUUGGUCUGCGACAAGCUCAACGUCAAGAUCCUGGACCUGGGCCUGUUCCGGGAGGUCUACUCAGCCGACUACUACAAGCUGAUGGGCACCAGCCCCUUCCCCAUCCGCUGGAUGUCCCCAGAGGCAAUCAUGUACGGGAAGUUUUCUACCGACUCGGACAUCUGGUCCUACGGUGUGGUGCUGUGGGAGAUCUUCAGCUACGGCCUGCAGCCCUACUGCGGCUACUCCAACCAGGACGUCAUCGAGAUGGUGCGCAACCGUCAGGUGCUGGCCUGUCCCGACGACUGCCCCGCCUGGAUCUACACACUCAUGCUAGAGUGCUGGAGCGAGUUCCCGGCACGCCGCCCACGCUUUAAGGACAUCCACACUCGCCUGCGCACCUGGGAGAGCCUGUCCAACUACAACAGCUCGGCUCAGACCUCGGGCACCAGCAACACCACCCAGACCAGCUCCCUGAGCACCAGCCCCAUCAGUAACAUCAGCAUGAGUGCAACCAAUGCCGCGCGCUACGCCAACCCCAAGAAGAACUCGCCCUUCCCCCAGCCCCAGUUCAUGCCCAUGAAGGGCCAGAUGCACCGGCCCAUGUUGCAGCAGCACCCGCAGCAGCUCUACAUCCCGGUCAACGGCUACCAGCCCAUGCCGGCGUACCCAUACAUGCAGAACUUCUACCCCAUGCAGAUGUCCAUGCACCAAAUGGCUCACCAGCAGAUGGCGCACCACCCGCCACAGAUGGUGGCCAAGGCAGGAUCGCACCACAGCGGCAGCGGCUCCACCUCCACGGGUUACGUCACCACGGCGCCCUCCAACGCCUCGGGUACGGAGCGAGCGGCCUUGCUCAGUGAUAGCCCCAAGGCAAACAUGGAGGACAUGGCGGACGGUGCGUCCCAGAAUGGGCUGGGGCAUGGAGAGGACACAACAGUCCCCGAAACUGAAUUACUGGGUGAUAAUGACCUGCCACAGACUGACGACAUGGAGAUGCACUCGGAGGCAUAGGGGGACCGAAAGUCUGGAGGACUGGGGAACAAACUAGAGCUGAAAUGCUCUGUGAACUUAAUUUGUUUGAGUUCAAUUGAGCGCCAUGAAUAAGUGAAGGGAACGCAUUGGAAAAACAGUGACUGAAUGUUAUUUAUGGGUUGUUUAGUUGUCACUGGUGCAUCCGAAUGAUAUCAGUGUCUCAGGUUCUUCCCUGCAGGACCCCUUAGCGAAGUGUCAUAAAAAGAACCCUGAACCCUGAAAGCCGCUCGACAGAAAACGUCAAUGAAGAGAACCAUUUUCACCAUUUGGGCUGCGGGUGCGACCGGCAUGGACAGUGUUCUCACUUUGUUGCAAAGCCAUUCAGAAGAAUUUAGGUUCUUACUGUUUCUGUGCAACAUGAAGUAUUUUCUUUUUUCGACAAAGGAUUCCUGAAGUUGCCUUGCGUUAAUGUUUUCAAAAUGUUCAAUUGUAUAGUAGUAGGCCUACUCCAGAGACGAUUUUACUGUGGUUUUACGUGAGACAGGAGUGUGUCAAUUUGGCAGAAUGUAUGAUGAAUGGACAGAAACAUUUAUUUGGAGUUUACAGGGCAAUUCCACCACUUUUCAACCUCCAUUUUCAUUGUCUUAAUAUGUCUAUAUAUGUUAAAAUGGCACAUGACAUCAUCAAAAGUUCAAAUGUUAAAAAAAAAAAGAUUUUAAAAAAUUGAUUUUUAGAAACGAUUUUGAAAAUCUACGUCUUACUUUUAAUUUAAAAAAUCGUCUUUUUAAUCCAUACCAUGUUAUGUCACAGAGAAGCAUUUGUUAGGACCACAGAUCAUAGAAAUGCAUGCAGUAUGUAGAUACUAGUAAUGUGCUGGAUAUAAUGAAUAUGAGGUUGAAAAGUGGCGGAAUUGCCCUAUUAAAACCUCCCUUAGAUACAGUAUUUUGGAAUAAAACUUUAUCAAAUAAUUGUUCUACUCAGUAGAUUGAUAUUGCUCAUGGAACAUGGAUGUGUCACUACUCAACAUACAUCAUGUGAUAAGAACUGUACAUGAUAAGUAUAUUAGCGUGGGAAUUGUUGAUGUUUAGCCUUAUUCCGUUUGAGCCUUGUGGUCAUAUUCUCUUUCGUAUGGGCUUGUAUGUUACACGUUGCUCAACUUCAACUUUGAUACCCUGUUUUACAGAUUUGUAAUUUAUGUAAUUAUUAUUUUUUUAAACACAAUUUUUGUUUUAUCAUGCGUUGUUGGCAAAAAAAGUGUUUAGUCUUGAGGUUAAUACUUAAAUGUCAUUGCAACCAGAUAUUAGCUUUCUUUUUUCUCCGUAAAGGUGUAAUAACAAAUGUUAACCAUAUAUUGUAUACAUCCAGCAACAUGGAGUAUCCAAUAAAGUGAUACAUUAUAAAGACA